CAGAAGCUCAGUCCUUCCUAUUUUCCACUUCUCACCUAAAAUAUUUCUUCUCUUCCAGCCCCACUUCCUCUAUCAAGCUCAGGAAUGGAAAGUGGCAGCGUUAGAAGACCAUGUUUUUACAAGUGGUAGAGAACUAGAAAUUUGCAAGGAAUGCAAUUCACUGUGGUUCUUUUUAAACCAAAUGAAAGGCUUUUGCUCUUGUUUCCAUUUCCUUCUGAAAUCCAUCAAUUCAGAAGGAUUUCAGACUGAGUCCUUAGCCUGCCAUAUGGAAAUAAGGUGGCUGCUAGCUAAUCUAAGCAUUUUCUUCAAACAGUUGAUUUUUAGUUCAAGAAAAUAUAGGUCGACGCUAAGCUUUGUUUUAGCCAAGGUUUGGGAGAUAUUUUUAAGAUGUGGUGUUAUACUUUGAUAAAUUUCAUCGACUAGAGCUAGGGGCUACAAUUUAGUUUGUUCUUCCAACAUUAAACUAUUUUAAUCCUAGUUAUAAUUCCACUGAAGGCUUGAUUUACUCAACAGCUUGCUAAAACUGUACAUACUGUCCACAGCCUUGCUAUUUAAACACAAUCCAGAAAUCAUUAAUAGAAAUUCAAAAGGAGAGAGAACUCAAUCUGGAAGUUGAUAUUUGAUGCCCUCUUGGAAAUUUGCCCAAGACCUCAUAGAUCUUAAAAUAUCCUUUGUUUCCCUAAGAGACAAAUUUGGCAGCUUGAGAACUAUUUAUUAUAAAAACAAGACAGGUAUUUUACCAAGUUCUAAAAUGUUGCUUUUGGGGGGGGAUAUUAAUUUUGUUUGUUUAUAUUUUUUAUCAGUUAAGUAGAGUAAUAUGAAGGUCAUCCAGCAAAUCCCAGAAAAGAAUUAUUCCCUUAUUCAGCAUUUUAACAAAUGUUGCUCAAGCGCUGGUUCUGUACUUACAAGGUACUACAAUGAAUGUUUCUGAUCUUAAAAGUAUGGAUUAAAUUUGGUGUUCAACCACAAGAAGUGAAAGAAAUAAGACAUUAACAUGGCAAGUGCCACAGAAAACUUGCUCAAAUGCUAUGAGGAACGAGAGCAUGCGUGGAUAUAGGUAGGAAUCAGAGAAUGCUUUAUAAAGGAAGUAGAACAUGAGCUUUGAUGACUAGCCAGAUGUCAAUAUGUGAAGAUGGGUGGCAGGAGGGAUCUGGACAGAAUGACAGAAACAGUCUUGAAAAAGUCUCAGGAAUGAAGAAUGAAUGAGAAAUAGGGAACAUUGGAUGGGUUUUAGUUGUAUGCACAUUUUAAAAGGAAACUCAGAUUAGCUCAACCUGGAAUCCCAGAUUAAAAUUUUGGUAGGUAGAGGGGAAUAUUUUCUCCAUUGCUUCACUUCUUAAACAAUUUCAAAAGUGUGUCAUACGAUAUGUAAUCUGCCUUCUGUAUAUAAAUUUGAUCAUCGGAAAGGAAACUGGAGACUGGAAGGCUAGUUAAGAGGUCGUUGUAAUGGUCUAAUAGGAAUGAAUUAGAGCUUCAUUAAGCUGGGAAGAGGAGGGUUGGAACAGAGGGUGGAAUUAAGAGACAUUUGUGUAGUGAACGUUUCUAGGAGUUAGAGCUAAUGGGAAAAGGAAAGGAAGAAGAAAGCGGGGAGUUAAGGAAAACUGUAAAGAGCCAGGCUUGAAAACUGAGCCAUUAAAACAGUGAGGUCAAGCAAGACAGCUGGUAUCCGGUGGAAGAUGAGCUCAGCUUUGCUAACAGUGUGUGGAUGUGGGUGUGUUCCCCAGUGGGCAGUUGAAAAUGUGAAAUCAAAACUCAGAAUGUGACCAAAACGUAGACUUGGGACUCAUCGGCAUAAAGGAAAUGGUGGGAGAUGUAGGAGUGGAUAUGAAUGCUGAGGGACAGUAGAGAAGAGAAAGUGGCCAAGCACAGGACUCUAGGGGAAGGUGGUCUACUUUUAGAUAAGAGAAGAAGAGCCAAAACUGAAGCAGUCAGCAAGGUCAGGGUAGAACCAGGAGGACCCGGCAUCAUGAAAAACUGGAGAAGAAAAGAGAGACCAGUAAUAUCCAUGGAAACAGAGGGAGUAAAAAGCUGAGCUAUGAUAGCCACUGGCGGAGUCAUAACCGGCCUGGCCGCCUUGAAAAGGCAAGACUCUGCCAGAUCACAGCAGCACGUCAACCUCAGUCCAUCGCCCGCUGCCCAGGAGCAGAAACCAGUCAGGCGGCGGCCGCGGGCUGAUGUCGUAGUUGUUCGAGGCAAGAUCCGGCUUUAUUCCCCAUCUGGAUUUUUCCUCAUUUUAGGAGUGCUUAUCUCCAUCAUAGGAAUUGCAAUGGCCGUUCUUGGAUAUUGGCCCCAAAAGGAACAUUUCAUCGAUGCUGAGACAACAUUGUCAACCAACGAGACUCAGGUGAUUCGGAACCAAGGCGGCGUGGUAGUUCGUUUCUUUGAGCAGCAUCUGCAUUCGGAUAAAAUGAAAAUGCUUGGCCCCUUCACCAUGGGGAUUGGCAUUUUCAUUUUCAUCUGUGCUAAUGCCAUUCUUCAUGAAAACCGUGACAAAGAAACCAAAAUCAUACACAUGAGGGACAUCUACUCUACAGUCAUUGACAUCCACACGCUGAGAAUCAAGGAGCAAAAGCAUAUGAAUGGCAUUUACUCGGGCUUAAUGGGAGAAUCAGAAGUGAAACAGAACGGGAGCUCCUGUCCCUCAAGAUUGGCGACAAAUUCAGUUGCCUCUUUCUCAGGUUUGCGCAGCAGUUUUCGAAUGGACAGCUCCGUGGAGGAGGACGAACUGAUGCUAAGUGAAAAUAAGAGUUUGGGACAUCUCAUGCCCCCUUUGCUCUCGGACAGCUCUGUCUCUGUCUUUGGCCUCUAUCCACCUCCAUCCAAGACAAUGGAGGAUAAGAGCAGCAGUUCCAAGAAAUGUGAAACCAAGUCAAUUGUGUCAUCAUCCAUCAGUGCUUUUACACUGCCUGUGAUCAAGCUUAAUAACUGUGUGAUUGAUGAGCCCAGUAUAGACAACAUCACUGAGGAUGCUGAUAACCUCAAAAGUAGGUCAAGGAAUUUGUCAAUGGAUUCCCUUGUGGUCCCUUUGCCCAACACCGGUGAAUCCUUCCAGCCAGCCAGCACACUGCUUCCAAGGAAUAAUUCCAUCGGGGAGUCCUUGUCCACUCAGUACAAGUCCUCUGUGGCCCUUGGGCCUGGGGCCGGACAGCUCUUGUCUCCUGGGGCUGCUAGAAGACAGUUUGGCUCCAACACAUCUUUACAUUUACUCUCAUCACACUCAAAAUCCUUAGACUUGGACCGGGGUCCCUCCACUCUGACUGUUCAGGCAGAGCAAAGGAAACAUCCAAGUUGGCCUCGGUUGGAUCGAAGCAACAGCAAGGGAUAUAUGAAACUAGAGAACAAAGAGGACCCCAUGGAUAGGUUGCUGGUGCCCCAAGCUGCAAUCAAAAAAGACUUUACCAAUAAGGAGAAGCUUCUUAUGAUUUCGAGAUCUCACAAUAACUUGAGUUUUGAACAUGAUGAGUUUUUGAGUAACAACCUAAAACGAGGAACUUCUGAAACAAGGUUUUAAAGUUUAAAAAUAUCAUUUUCCAAGGGUAUAUAUUUUAAAACUAUUUUCACCAGUGUUUCCCUCUUAAAGCAUUUGUUGUAAGCUUUUUUAAUCAAAUGUUUUGUAGUGUAUUACUGGCUGCUUAAUUCUGUAAUGGAGAUGGUUGUGUGUUUGGGUUACUUAAGACUGCAGUACUCUAGAUUAGCACAUGUGAUUUUGUUUUCUCCAUUCUUUCAAGAGCAUGAUAGCUUUUAUUGGUGUGAAUACAAAAUACUUGCAUCAAAAUUAAAACUUUGCUUUACUUUUAAGUUCAUUCAUUGAUUGUCAUAGUCAUAGAAUAAAGCGUCUAGUAGGGAAAACAUAGGGUACCAAAGUGUGGACCAAAAGUACCAAAUCAGGCUCCACAAUAUAUAUUUACAAAUGAGUAUGAGUGCAAAUCUUAGGAUGUGAUUUUUCUGAGUAAUUGUUUUUAUAUAGAAUUGGUUAAAUCAGUUCAAAGACAAAGGAUCUAGUUUCUGUGAGAGCUAAAUAAUACAAAUUGGCCAUUUGUAUUUGUGAGCUCAGUAUUACAAAUUGGUUAAGUUGGCUAUGAAUCUUAUUUUGAGCUCUAGGUAGGUAGUAUUGUUUUAAACAUAAGUUCUGUUUUAGUGAUAUAUUAUCAAGAAUUGAUGUAUUUAAGAGUCAUGGCUGAGAAUACUAUAUAUACUUGAGAGAUAAAUGUCAAAAAGCUAUCAGCUAUAACUUUAGAUAUUCAGAAUCAAAAUUUCUUUGGAAUCUGACUUGAAAAAUGAAUGAACCAAUGUAGUUUGUAGAAAUGCUAUCUUGAAGUAAUUAUAUACUGGAAGAAAAUAUUGGCUAAUAAGUGAGGAUACCUUUUAUACUAGUUAAUGCUAGCUAGCCUCAGUCCCUUUUUCUAGCCAUCUGUUACCAUGCAAUAUACACCCACUCCCACGUCCUUAUUUCCCCCCAAUAUUUUUUAGAUCAUAUUAUUUGGAAAAUAGUCAACUAAACUUGAUAUUUCUUUUUAUCUUCAUUCAUGUACCACCAGGUUGGUAGUUCAAGAAAAUUUAGUCCUUGAUAAAUUGCCUUGAAAUUUUCCUUGUGCUGGAAAGCCUUAUGCUAACUCCAAAGACAUUCUCAUGGUGUAAUAAAUUCUUAGGGUUGUAGUUCUGUUAUUGAAGACACUAAACGCUAAAAUGGAUGCCUCCAUCAGAAAAAAUUUCAUGUUUUCCAUUAAAGUAACAAUUUUAAGAAUUGUUUAAUGGAAUACUCAGGAAAUUUUACAAGUUUUCCUCAAGGCCUAACCAUUUCAGAGCAUCAGUGUUACAGGUGUGAAAGAGCAGAAGGAUGGUACAUUUGUGUGUGUAGCUCCCCAUAGUUCCACCCACGUUUGCAUCAUGAGCUUUCCUCAGUUGAGGUACUGUGCUAAUUAUUAGAACAUCAAGCCUGUGUAUUGUGAUAGAGUGGGCUCAAUAUUUUACUAUAAAGCAUUUAAUAAACUUCUGUUCUUCAUAGAAGUCGGUGUUCUUCAUACCUUUGCUAUUGUUUUUAAAUAAAAUGUACAUUUCUGCUUAA